AGAAAUCUCUCUCUCCUCUCUCUCUCUACUGAACGCCACGCUCCUCCCCGUCCCCCACUCUCUCUUUUCUCUCUCAAACGUCUUUAAUUUGAAAUUCCUUGAACUCGCAAACGCGCAUUUCCGCGUCCCCCCUUAUUAUAUUACUGCAGCCUGGGGACAAUUCCCCAUAGCCGGCCACCUGCUCUCUCCUUCUUUCUCUCUCUCUCUGCGUUGGGCGUUUGAUUAUAAUUCAAAGAUAAGUAGCUGUGUGUGCCAGCAUGGCAUCCAGUAGUCCAUUUUUUGAUGACAUCCGGACCAAAUCUGAGGUUAUUGAUCCUCCUCAAAGUGAGGACAUGCUGGAUGUUGGAGAAAGUGUAAUUGAUGCUACUGUAAUGCCCCAAAAACCGAAUGUGACGGUUUCUAGCAGUGUUCGCGAUCUGCUGGAGUGCCCUGUGUGCUUAAAUGCUAUGUACCCCCCAAUCCAUCAGUGUUCAAAUGGUCACACAUUAUGUUCUGGUUGCAAACCAAGGGUUCACAACCGGUGCCCCACUUGCCGGCAUGAGCUUGGUAAUAUCAGAUGUCUUGCGUUGGAGAAGGUGGCUGCUUCUCUGGAACUUCCUUGUAAAUACCAUAGUUUUGGUUGCAUGGGCAUAUACCCUUAUUACAGCAAGCUAAAGCAUGAAUCUCAGUGUCUCCAUAGACCCUAUAACUGCCCCUAUGCUGGUUCUGAAUGCUCCGUAGUUGGAGAUAUUCCUCAUCUUGUGGCCCAUUUAAAAGAUGAUCACAAAGUCGACAUGCACAAUGGCAGCACUUUCAACCAUCGCUAUGUAAAAUCAAAUCCACAAGAAGUUGAAAACGCCACUUGGAUGUUAACGGUUUUUAGUUGCUUCAACCAGUAUUUUUGCCUACAUUUUGAAGCUUUCCAGCUCGGGAUGGCUCCCGUCUACAUAGCAUUCUUGCGGUUCAUGGCUGAUGAUAACGAGGCAAAGAACUACAGCUACAGUCUAGAAGUAGGUGGGAAUGGGAGGAAGAUGAUUUGGCAGGGGGUGCCACGUAGCAUUAGGGAUAGCCAUCGCAAGGUUCGUGACAGUUUUGAUGGUCUCAUUAUUCAGCGCAACAUGGCUCUCUUCUUCUCAGGGGGAGACCGAAAGGAAUUGAAGCUUAGGGUGACCGGAAGGAUAUGGAAGGAACAGUGACAGCAGUCUGUCAUCUUGAACUCUUUCGUUCGAUCAUCUUAUCUAGUUAGUAGGUCAGUCGCUUUUCGUGGUUACGAGUCUCUUCUGGCCAUGUAGUUUAGGGAAUGUAGGAAGCAAACUCUCUUUGCUUGUUCAUGCUUUAAUUGCAUAUGAGACUUGUGUAUGGCAUGCAGCAAAUGAGACUUGUUUUUGUGUGGAUACACAAUGACACAUAUUUAACGGAAGAAGAAUGUGAUUCGAUAAUACCCC